CACAACAACAGCGUACAAGUAACUCCAUGUGCCAAUCGCCCUGCGGCAUGCCGUGUCAACAAAAUCCCUCGUCAUAAUGGAGAAGAAGGAUGUAGGGGGUAGCGUUGAACUCAUCGCCGGUUUCGCGGGAGGCAUUGCCUCGUCGCUGGCCACGCACCCGUUGGAUGUCAUUAAGACGCGUCUGCAGGUGCAUCAGUCCAAACCAGGCUCGACGAAUUCGCGGCCGCUCACUACCAUUGACGUCGCCCGGAGCUUCAGAAAGGCCAAGAACCCGCUCACCGCGGCUUACCGUGGCGCAUCCAUCAGCCUGGUCGCCAACUCUGCGUCGUGGGCCUGUUUCUUUCAGUUCAAAGACAUGUUCGAGCGCCAUAUUGUCUCCCAAGGGUACCAUGGCAUGACCUCGGGCAAGAAGCCAAACAACAUGGGCUACUUCGUCUCCUCGGGCCUCGCGGGCAUCGCAACCUCGUGCAUCACGAACCCGCUGUGGGUCAUCAGGACGCGCAUCACGUCCACCGCCAGGGAGAAGGCCGGGGCAUACCCCAACAUGCGUGCCGCUGCCAUGCAUAUCUAUCAGGGUGAGGGACUCGGAGGUUUCUACAAGGGUCUGGGUAUCGCUUUCGUCGGCACCUCCCAUGGAGCCAUCCAAUUCACCAUAUACGAACGGCUGCGCAACAAGUACAUUAAGAAGCAGCAGCGGGAACACAACCAAAACCCCGAGAAACUAGCCGACGAGACCACGGUGGCCAUCUCCACCCUCUCCAAGGUGGUCGCUCACGUGGCUACAUUUCCGCAUACGGUCGUGAGGAACCGCCUCCAGAACCAGAGUGACACCAGCACCUACGGAAAAGGCAUCCUCGGCGUCGGGAGGAGGAUGUGGCAGGAGAGUGGGAUCAGGCCCUUCUACAGAGGGGUGGUACCCACUGUGUUGAAGACCCUGCCGGCAACUUGCGUAAUGUUGCUCGUCGUCGAAAACCUCCGGUACUACCUGCCUCGAUGGCUCGCUGAUACCGAAGAUCGUGUUUCCCGGGAGUGAGCCUAUCUCGAGGGAGUGACGGGGAUUGCAUGUUAAGAAAGCGAAUGUGUUUUAUUGACUGGAAAGCGAAGGAAAAUCAAGAUGAUACCCUAUAGAUUUAGAUUUAGCGAACUAGACAGCACCGCUCAGGCUCAGCACAGAUAGAGGCUCAAGCAGGAAAUGCACUCUUCUUUUGUCA